AGUGACAUAACCUAUAACCGGCUCUAAUCACGUUUUGCGAUUCCAAGGAGAAUCUUCGAGAAGUGCAAGUUUUCAGAGUAAUCUGAAUUCUCUUUGAACUCCAUUAUAUCAUUCCAUUUGAGUGAAAAAAAUGUUGCGCUUGCCUCGUGUCGUUCGCCAAACGGUUUCCUUGAACAAAAGCCACCAUUUAUCAAGAUUUUAUGCCAAAGAUGUGAGAUUCGGUGCUGAUGUAAGAGCGUUGAUGCUGCAGGGCGUAGACGUCCUCGCCGAUGCCGUCGCAGUCACUAUGGGCCCUAAAGGUAGAAAUGUAAUCUUAGAGCAAUCGUGGGGCUCGCCGAAAAUAACAAAAGACGGUGUGACGGUAGCCAAAGGGAUAGAACUCAAAGAUAAAUUCCAGAAUAUCGGAGCGAAGUUGGUCCAAAACGUAGCAAAUAACACAAACGAAGAAGCCGGCGAUGGAACCACAACCGCUACGGUGCUCGCGAGGGCGAUCGCGAAAGAAGGUUUCGAGAAAAUUUCAAAGGGAGCUAAUCCAAUUGAAAUUCGUCGAGGGGUUAUGUUAGCUGUAGAAACUGUUAAAGAAAAGUUAAAGAGCAUGUCAAAGCCGGUUACAACGCCUGAGGAAAUUGCGCAGGUAGCAACAAUCUCCGCGAACGGUGAUACCGCAAUUGGUAAGCUGAUUGCUGAUGCCAUGAAAAAGGUUGGUAGAGAUGGAGUCAUCACAGUCAAGGAUGGCAAAACACUCACCGACGAACUUGAAAUUAUUGAGGGUAUGAAAUUUGACAGAGGUUAUAUUUCACCAUAUUUCAUCAACUCUUCCAAGGGGGCAAAGGUUGAGUUCCAGGAUGCCUUAGUUCUAUUUUCUGAAAAGAAAAUUAGUAAUGUACAGACAAUCAUUCCUGCUUUAGAAUUAGCUAACCAGCAAAGGAAACCAUUAGUCAUUGUUGCUGAGGAUGUUGAUGGCGAAGCUCUGUCUACCCUGGUUGUGAACAGGCUGAAGAUUGGGCUGCAGGUUGCAGCUGUGAAAGCCCCUGGUUUUGGGGACAACAGGAAGGCAACACUUAGUGAUAUGGCCAUCGCAACUGGUGGUGUUGUAUUUGGCGAUGAUGCUAACCUCAUCAGACUAGAAGAUGUCCAAUUAGCUGACCUUGGUCAUAUUGGUGAGGUGAUUAUCACAAAAGAUGACACUCUCCUGCUUAAAGGAAAGGGCAAGAAAGCUGACAUUGACAGAAGAGCAGAGCAAAUCCGUGACCAGAUCCAAGAAACUACAUCUGAGUAUGAGAAGGAGAAGUUACAGGAACGUCUAGCAAGGCUUGCAUCUGGAGUAGCUGUUUUACAUGUUGGUGGAUCCAGUGAAGUAGAAGUGAAUGAAAAGAAGGACAGAGUAAAUGAUGCUUUAAAUGCAACCCGGGCUGCCGUUGAAGAGGGAAUUGUCCCUGGAGGUGGCUCUGCCCUCCUCAGGUGUAUUCCAGAACUGAAUGCAAUUAAAUCAUCCAACUCUGAUCAAGCCACAGGCAUUGAGAUCAUUAAGAAAGCUUUAAGGAUGCCUUGUAUGACCAUUGCUAGGAAUGCAGGUAUUGAUGGAUCAGUAGUUGUCGCUAAGGUUGAGGAUUUAGGCCCCGAAUUUGGAUAUGAUGCAUUAAACAAUGAAUAUGUAAAUAUGAUUGAAAAGGGUAUCAUAGAUCCAACAAAGGUUGUGAGGACUGCUUUAACAGACGCAAGUGGAGUUGCCUCACUGUUAACGACUGCAGAAGCUGUGAUCUGCGAUAUGCCACAAGAAAAAGAACCUAACCCCAUGGCAGGUAUGGGUGGAAUGGGAGGUAUGGGGGGUAUGGGAGGCAUGAUGUAAGACUUAUAGAGACAUUUAUAACGCAUUUAUAGUGUAAAGAACUAUCUUAAUUAAUCCACGAGUUAAGGGUAUAGCAAUGAAUGUUAUAUUGUGCAGUGAAUGAUUUCUUUUUAUUGAUGUCUGAUUGUGUUAGAUUAGAAAGACAGCCGUCUUAGAAUUAUUUAGUUUAAAGGUUUGCUUCAGUGGAGCAGGUGUUAUUUUUAAAAAUAAAUAAAUAAUGUUGUUAAC